GAGUGGCUCAGGAAGGAUUAAUAAGUUAAAAUAAAAUAAAUGUCAUCCAAUCACUUUCACCGCGAGUGCUGUGUAACCCCGGUGGUGUUGGCUAUUUUCAACAUCAACCACAUUAUUUUAUACCUGAAUAAGAGGUCAAAAGUCAAAGCAAAUGUGUGCAGAGCUAAGUUUUUGGUGUCAAAUAAUAUUUAACAAACAUUUGACCAUCCCCCACCACAGGAGGAGCUAGGCAUUAGUAGUAGUCCGGACAAUUCGGACAAAAAAAUUUAGAAGCGGACUCUGUCCCUGGGCCAAAUGAAGUCUGUAGGGUAUGUAUGCAAAGAACGGGGGACGUACGAAAAUCAGGGACAAGUACAAAACCUGAACUUGAGCAACAGAGCUCGCAUUAUUCUCGUCGUCAUCAUAUUUUCUGCUUCAGGUGCAUGCCAAAAUUAGUGGGAAGCAGAAUGUUCGGAGGCGGUCGUGGGGGAGGGGUGAGUAGCAGUCUCGGGUGAGUGCCUCCAGCCACCAAUGCCCCACCGGAACCAUCGCCACUUGACGCAACAACAGCUGGUGAGCAGUGCCUCCAACUCUCUGUUCACCGUCCCCCCUCCAAACCUCCGUUGCCAACCACCCCCGCCGCCACCACCACCAGUCACCCAGACUCCCCCGCCCCUCAUUACCGACACCCUCACAGCUUGCCUCGACGUCAACGGCACCUACGUCUGCACCUCCUACAGCCCUCGAUGCUACAUCAUCCAAAAGUUGACGCCGAAUAGUGUGACGGUGACUCCAGCGAACGCCAGCGUUCCUCCUCCCGCACCUCCCGCAUUGCCGACCUUCCCGCCUGGGCAGCGACCCGGCGGUCUUCAGCAUCGGAGUGGGAAGCAUCAGCAUGAGGGGACCAGCAGCUCCACUGGGUCUGGAGCAACAAGACAAGGGCUUGGCGGCGGACCUGUGGUGACAGGGGGAGUGGCACAACAUCCCUUCCUCGCCAAGCAGCAUGGGGUCAGUGGCGUGGCGCGACACCACAACCGUUACCAUCGCAAGUCGCCCCAAACUUUCUCCCCAUUCGAGAUACCCGCUGCUCCCUCCUCUAAAGGUAAAAACUCCCAACCAAGGGAGCACACAAUGAAUAUCUCCAUUCUCAUCACCCUUCGCAAUUAGUUCAAAAAUUGGUUUAAAAAAAUUACAAACAAUGAAAUAAUUUCCUCCUCAAAUGUCAUCCUAAAACCAACAAACCCGAAUA